CUGUGGUGGCUCAGUCAGUGCAGAACAUCGAGAGGGACUUUCCAGAGGCCGUCCCUCCAGUGCCACCGUCACCUCCUAGAGACCAUGUUCGCGCCGCUGGACGAGGCAGUACGCAGGAAGCGCCCCGCCGAGGACGGCAAGGCCAAGGCCGAGGACGAAGAAGGGGACAUCCAGGCGGCGAAGCUCGGGAAAGCUCUCGCUCGGCUGGUCCUUCAACACGAAGACACGUUGUGCAGCUCCUCGAGGGACGACAACUUCGCGAUGGCGAUGAAGUCCGAGCUGCAGCUGAACCAGGCCCUCCUGAACGGGGCGGACAUCUACAACGAGACGGGCAAGAAGGAGCGGAAGGACAAGGGCGACGACUACAAGGGCCACCCGUUGGGCAAGAAGCCCAAUGCGUUCAUGAAAAUGGUUCUCUUUCGGCUGGCGGAGGCGAUGACGGCCAACAAAGACAAGAUCCUCGAAGCCGUGGCUCAGGGACCAGAGCCUCAAGACACGCAGACGGCUAUCAAGUUGCUUCUCGAUCAAGGAGCCGUGGCCAACGAGAAGGAGUUCAAGAUGAAGGCCACACGGUGCUUCUUCGUCAAGACCGAGGACGGGGCAGGACACGAGCUCACCAAGUGGAUCUUCGCGCUGAACCAUCCCAACCACAUGGCCCUGAAGAUGGCCUUCAACUUGAUCCGCAACAAUGGGUGCCUGGUGGCGAUCGGAAUCUCGCUGGAGGACGAUACGGGAUCGCGCUCCAAGGCAGCCAAGGAGGUUCAGAGGAUUGCGUUCGGGAAGGGUGCAGGAUCGAGCCGAGCAAAGAAAGUGAGGCAGUGA